AUGGCGUCCAAAAUCCAACCAGUUGCCAUUAUUGGAGGAGGACCGACCGGUUUGGCCUCUUCCAUAUUACUGUCAUUGUGCAAAAUCCCACAUGUUCUUUUUGAGCGGUAUCCCUCUACUUCGAUACAUCCAAAGGCAUGUGGUUACAACCACCGGACAGUGGAAAUCUAUCGGCAUAUGGGAAUUGAGAAGGAUAUCGUUAGGCACAGAGCGCCCAAAGCAAUAGACGGUCAAACAGCCUGGUAUACUAGCUUUGGCCCGUACGGCAAAGAAAUUGUCCGACGCAAUGCUUGGGGUGGUGGCAUUUACCGGAAAGAGUACGAGGAAGUAUCUCCUUGUUCGUACUCGAUACUACCACAGAUUCGAUUGGAGCCAAUUCUUCAGAAAAGAGCCCUAGAGCUCAACCCCCGAACUAUCUUUUACAGCACGGAAGUAACCAAAGUCGAAGAGGCUGAUGAUCACGUCGUCCUCACAUUCCAACGAAAAGGCCAAAUACCGGAGGAAGUCAAAGCGAGAUACUGUAUAGGAGCCGAUGGCGGACGAGCCUUGACUGAAGAUCUCGGCAUCAAAUGGGAAGGCGAACGAGAUAUCGUCGAUAUGGUAUCUGCGCACGUUCGGGCUCCGAUAUCUCUCCACCAUCCCGACAUUCGGAAUUUCAUUACUUGGUUCAUCAAUCCAAAACUGGGAGGAAGCAUUGGCACCGGAUAUCUGUACCACUUGGGCCCGUAUCCGAUUUCGCCAGAUAGUGAAGAAUGGCUCUUUGCAUGUGGACUGAAUCCAAACGACCCCAAACGAUUCGACGAGUCGGCAAUGUUACAACGCAUGCACAAUACCUUGCAGAUUCCCGAUUUGAAAGUCGAACUUUUAUCAAUCAGUCAUUGGUACGUGAAUGCUCUAUACGCUCAGCAGUAUCGGAGUAAGAAGUCCACGGGUCGAGUAUUCCUCGUCGGAGAUGCCGCGCAUCGAAUCCCCCCAUGGGGAGCACUAGGUCUCAAUACUGGCAUCCAAGACGUUUAUAAUCUUGUCUGGAAGCUGAAUCUCGCCAUCAACGGACUUCCCUUGAUUUCGCCAGAAAAGGUAAACUUUGACGACCUACUUGAUACCUACGACACCGAGCGGCGUCCCAUAGGGCAGCGUGUUGGAACUACAUCUUUACAUAACCUCAAAGCCCACUCGCUCGUCAUGGAUAGAGCUUUGGGCCUUUCACCGGAAAAUACGGAGGACGAAAAUGUCGCCGCGAUGGAUUCUUUCCUUGGUGCCUCAGAGACAUCUCUAGAUGCCUCGCGGCGUGAAGCUGUUGAUCGUGCUCAGAAGAUCUUAGACGACGAGUUCCACGCCCUGGGAGCCGAAAUUGGCUGGUUCUACCCUGAGUUGGACGUUGAUGGUGAGGGCAAGGAAACGAGUCAUGAUGGCCAGCUCAACGCAAAGGGCGAACUAGAUAUAUUAAGGUAUCACCCCUCGACUAUUCCUGGUCAUCAUCUUCCGCAUGCCUGGUUGGAGAGGGACUCAGAGAGAUUGUCCACGCGAGACCUGGUAAAGUACGACGGAUUCAUCCUGAUUACGUCACGGCCCGAACUAUGGACGUCCGCGGUCUCAGGCCUAGAGGGAUUCGUCGCCCUAAUUGGGAUUUCGGAUGCGAACGAGAAAACGCAAAAUGGCACAAGCUGGCGCGACAUGGACGGCAAGUGGGCUUCUGUUCGUGGCGUGGGACCUUCGGGAGCCGUACUGGUGAGGCCAGAUGGCAUUGUCAUCUGGCGUGCAAAAGAAUUUGAUGGGAAGAGUCACGCUGGCGAAGGUUUGCUCAGAGAAGUGGUGUUCAGGGCCUUGAAACUUGCGAGUUAG